AUGGCACUGUCUAGAGACUGGAACACCUGUUCAUCCGACCCAAUUUUUGUCAUUUCGUUUCGGCCGCAGUCGCCUCAACAAUCGCAAUCCGCAACAUGCAAAACAAAGAAUUUGGUUCUUUCAAGCAGAAACAUCAAACGACAAUCUCAUUGA